CUUCUUUGCAAAGUGUGAGCAGCGUGUGGGAGACAGUGAGGGUCCUCAGAGACAGCAAGGUUGCUCUGGCAGAGACUCUGGUUGCUGCUUUCUUGACAAUUUCGGACCUUUAUUGAGGGACUAUUUUGAUUUGCAGGGAAUAUGCCCCACACCAGCAUGCGAUCAGAACUCAUCACAGAGAGGGGCUGCACAGGACCGAUCAGCUCACUGCAUAUAGGUCAUGGAGGUUUAAAUCAGCUAGGUGGGGCAUUUGUGAAUGGGCGCCCUCUCCCAGAAGUAGUUAGGCAACGGAUUGUUGACCUGGCACAUCAGGGAGUUCGUCCAUGUGACAUCUCACGCCAGUUGAGGGUCAGUCAUGGAUGUGUCAGCAAGAUCCUGGGCAGGUACUAUGAGACGGGCAGUAUCCGACCAGGUGUCAUCGGGGGUUCAAAACCCAAAGUUGCCACCCCCAAAGUGGUAGAGAAGAUUGGAGAUUACAAGCGCCAGAACCCCACUAUGUUUGCCUGGGAGAUCCGUGACCGACUGCUUGCAGAGGGUGUGUGUGACAAUGACACUGUACCCAGCGUCAGCUCCAUCAACAGAAUAAUCCGCACCAAAGUCCAGCAGCUCUUUAACCUGCCUAUGGAGAGCUGUGUGAAAUCGUUAAGCCCUGGACAUACUCUGAUUCCUAGUUCAGCCGUCACACCUCCCGAGUCACCACACUCAGACUCUCUUGGAUCAACCUAUUCCAUCAGUGGCUUGUUGGGUAUCAGUCAGACCGGCUCAGAUGGAAAACGCAAACUUGAUGAUAGUGACCAGGAGAGCUGCAGAUUGAGCAUUGAUUCCCAGGGCAGUGGGGGACUCAGCAGGAAGCAUCUCCGCACAGAAGGAUAUGGCCAGCAUCCAUUGGACAGCUUAGAAUGUCCUUACCAGAGGCAACAUUUCCAAGAAUCCUAUCCCUCCACCAGCCACAGCAAAGCUGAGCAGGCUCUUUACCCUCUUCCUCUGCUCAAUAAUGCAAUGGAUGAAGGGAAAUCACCACUGACUGCCACCAACGCGGCUUUAAGCAGAAACCUCACCACACACCAAGGAUAUUCUGCACUGUCUGAAUUAUCUGCAUUCACCAUAAAACAAGAAGCAUCUGACAGCUCCAGCACUAGCUCCACCCCUUCAUCAUUAUAUAGUCCCACCUUCUUGGAUCUGCAGCCAAUGAAUUCAGGAGCCUCAGCCCCACAUUUCACAGCAUUCUCUCAUACAGGAUCUGUAUACGGACAGUUCACUAACAGCAGGGCUAUUACAGGACGUGAAAUGGUUGGAUCCACGCUACCAGGAUACCCUCCUCACAUACCCAGUGGGCAAGGAAACUAUGCCUCCUCAGCUAUUGCUGGGAUGGUAGCAGGAGGUGAUUACACUGGAAAUGCAUAUGGCCACGGAGCAUACGCAGCGUACAGUGAAAGCUGGCGUUUCCCCGGUUCCAGUCUUCUUAGUUCCCCUUAUUACUACAGCUCCACUGCAAGGACUGCUCCCCCUCCCACAGCAACAGGGGCCUAUGACCUCCUGUAGUUUCUAUGGAACCCAAUGGAACAACUUAUCCAACGCGAGAAACUGGGCCCUGGGAGAGCAGCUUAACGGUGAACAAACAUCGCUUCACCAUGGCAACCCAAAAAUAUUUUGCCAGAGUGAUAACGAGUAACUUUACUACUUGUGGACAAUCCUUAAUUUAUCUAAUUCUAUUGGGCUCUUGGGGACAACAUGAGAGAGACAAAUUAAUACCUGGAACCCACAAUACAUUUUACAUUUCUCAGUACCAAGCCUCUGCUUUCUGAUUAUAAUAAUUAUGCCUGCAGAGUCAGGAAAAUUUAACUCACUGAUUUAUAAGAAAUGCAUCUGUAUGUGUAUGUGUGUACUACAGAACAAAACUUUGAAACUAUUAAUUAAAAUACCCAUGUAAGCCACAUGUGCCCGGAACGAGUAGGAAUUUAUGAUGUUAACAAGCUGUGUGCAUUCAGCUUUAGUGGAUGCCUGUUGUUAAUGUUUUCAUAUGACUGAAUCGUCCUCU